UUGCUCAAACCUUGACCGUUGCUGUUGCUCAGUUCGCGCCACUGCCCAUCCUUCAGGUUGGGAGCCGUGACGUAUUUACUGACAGGGACACGCGAGUUUUCGCGCCGGUGCUCUAUUUGCUCGCGAAGGCACUAUUUGGGGAGAUAAACCGAACCAACCGUCCCGUUCCUUUCCGUUUUACCGUUUUGCGUCAACAAGUUCACCUCCAGACUCUUAGUCUGUGUCUGUCACCGGGAGGGAAAUAACGGGACCGCUGCUCUCUCCUGCUUCACAAACUCACCAAAGGAGAUUUAUUUCCAUGAAACUCUUGAUUUUUUUUUUUUUUAAACACCGGUGAAAACCCGAAUCGGAGCGCGCAGAGAAUGAUGGCACGCCGCAUUGACCGAAAUCUGGUUUCUUUGUCCAUGUUUGGAUACUUGGUUUGGCUAACGGUGGUUUCUGUCGUUCACGCUGACGGUCGUGUGUUCCUAUUGGACCAGAGAAACAAGUCUGACUCCGGGGGAUUGGCUGAGGCGGAACAUGCGUGUGCUUCCCAUGAUGCCCGGCUGGCGUCAGCCGAGGAGCUGCGUCACGCCGUGGUGGAGUGUUCCUUCUCUCCCUGCACACGAGGAUGGCUGGACGGGGGCAGCGUGGGGACUACAGUGUGUAGUAACUUGGGCAGUGCUCUGAAGGCAGUGGAUGUGAAGAUAGAGAACACUACAGAGGACAACACACACCUGGAUGUCUUCUGUGUCAAAGACAAGGGUGUUCCAUGUGGAGACCCCCCUGCGUUCCCCAACACGCAUCUCCAGGGCCACACCGGGUUUGAGAUGGGGGACGAGCUGCUGUACUCCUGUCUACCUGGUCAUGUGUUGCCCAGCGGCCACUCAGCCUUCAGCCUGCUGUGUGACAGCUGUGGAGAGUGGUACGGACUGGUACAGCUCUGUGUAAAAGACAAGACAGAGGCCCACAUUGACUAUGAAGAUAAGUUCACUGAUGACGAUCACCACCUCUCCUACGACACCCCUACUGAGGAGGAGGACACACAGGAGGAACUGGUAGAAGAGGAGGUGCAAGAGGAGACAGCAUAUGUAAAUGUGGAGGAGGACACAGGAGAAGAGGGGCGCAGGGAUCAGGAGCAGCAGGAGGCCAGCUUCAGCAUGACGGAAGUAGAGGAGCAGGAUGUGGAGACGGGAGGAGAGGAGGAAGUGCAGGGAGGAGAGGAGCUGUCUGUGGGAGAAGAGGAGCAGCAGGAGGAGAACGUGGGGGAAGGAGUGGUGACUGGAAGAAAGGAGGAGGAGCUGGAAGACUCGACAGACCAUCCCGUCGAUGAGGAGAAGCAGGAGGAGGAGCAGGAGGAAGGGAUGGGCAUGUCGGAGGCGACUGAGGCGCCCAUCUCCUUGCUUUCCCAGAAGCACCUGUUUUGGUUCCCCUCAGAGGCCUUCCAGGAGGCGGGACAUGUGGAACCCACCCACCCGCCAGUCACACAGGACACACCCCCUGAGGGGGACAACCGUGUCAGGGCCUCUGGCAGCGAAUCAGAGGAGAGCAAGGAAGACAACAGCCAACCAGAGGAGACAAAGGAUCAUGACAGCCAUGAGGGUCAAUUCCAACAACCAAUUGACCACAAUGACCAUGAUGACCACGAAGAUGAUGUUGACCAUGAACAUAUUGACCGUGAAUAUGAUCACGACGAUCGAACAGGUCCUGACCAUGAUGAAAGUUCUGAACAAGUUUUUGAUGGUGAAGACCAUGCCGUUGAACACCUUGACCACAGUGAUCCUGACACCCAUGAUGGCCAUGAACAUGACAACCAUGAAAGCUAUGAUAGUGAAGAGGCCCACCGUGAGGACCAAGGAGAACACAAGGAGGAUGACCAUGAGAAGGGGGGUGCGUAUGACAACGGACACGACGAGCAUUACAACAUGGGUGAACACGAGGAGGAUGACCGCAUUCAAUAUCACAGCCACGGUGAACAUGAUGAUCAUGAAGACCAUGACCACGAUGAUGUAACAGAUCACCAUGACGAUGAUGAUCAUGACCACUCAGAUCCUAGCGAUCACCACGAUGACCAUGAAGACCAAGACCAUGUCCACGACCAUGAUCACCUUGAUGACCAUGAAGACCAUGACCAUGACCAUAACGAUCAAGAUGAUCAUGGCCAUGAUGACCAUGACCACGACGACCAUGAAGAUGGUCGUGUAGUCCCUCCCAUUGGAAUGACAACAGGCGAGCCUCAGAAUGUAACCCAGGAGGCGGCGGGAGGAGAACCCACAGCCAGCACAGACGAGACCUGGUUGGACGGCUACCCUGUCAGUCAGGAGGAGACUGACACUGAUAAAGUGGGAGGCGGCUCCACAGAGGAAGGGGUGGGGCCUGAGGUGCGAGAGGAGGAAGAGGAGGGUCUUGUGGUUGUCGGGGUGACGGACCGGCCCAAUGAGGUGGAGAUGAGUCGUCCCGUCCCAUUCACGGGCGUCCCUCAGGUCCCCCUGUCCCCCACGCAGGAGGCGGACCCUGUAGAGCAGGAUCAGGACCAGGUGGGAGGACUCAGCCCUAAAGCCUCGCCCGACUCACCCCUCUCCCCUGAGGCCACAUCCUCAGAUUCCUAUUCAGCCGACUACACCACGCCCUCUCUGACAUCAUCACUGGACGACAUCACCCCCAGAAACGCAGCCAGGCCUUCUCCCACAGACUCCUGGGAAACCACGGAUCAUGUGCACCCCUUCCUGGAGCACGGCCCCGCCCCCACGGCGUGGACUGAUGAUGUCAUUGACGAGGAGGAACGUGGAGCCGAGCACAACCUGACUCGACACAGCGGGGAGAGGGAGGGGGAGGAAGGGGAGAGUGAAGGCAAGACAGGGGAGGCAGGGUGUACUGGAGGUGAGGAGGACUGCCCUCCCACCCCCCCUCCCUCCUCCGGCAGGGGGCCCACGGUGGCGGCCAUUGUCAUUGCUGUGUGCACGGUUGCCCUGGCAGCCGCCGUCGGUGCGUGGUGUUACCGACGGAAACAGCAGAAGAGCUCGAUGUACGAGAUGAACGGGAAGGGUCAGAGUCACAGCAGACAUGGACAACAGAUAGAGAUGCAACAGAAGGUCUAAGAGAGAGAGAAAGAGAGAGACAGUGCGACUGCAGAGAGAGUGGAGGGAGGCUUGAGGAGGGUGAGGUGAUGUGGGUUAGGGUAUUUGGGGUGUGUGAGUUGAACAGCCACACACUACACCUGCAGACACAGAAGAAUGAGUUGACGGGUGAGGAAGGGGUUGAGGGGUGAGGGUUGAGGGUGUUUUAAUGGUGAGGUUUGGGGCUGAGGAAGUGUUGAGGGUUGGUGGUUAGGGUCGGGUAGAGGGACGAGGGAAUGAGAUGAGUGGCUAUGCUAUGCUAAUGCUAGCAGGAGUUUUCAACUCUGGUGACGAACGAGAAGGGACUCCUCCUCCAGAGCUCUGGGACAUUGUGGUUCAGAAUCAUACCUGUUUAUUAAUUUGUAAUUACCAUGUUGUUACUGUGUUAUUACCAUGUUAUUACUGUCUUUGAUGAUAUUUUGAUUUCAUUGUUCUUGUGUGAGACAAUUGAACUUUGUUGUUGUAUUAUUAGGGCUCUACCUUACUAUGUAGUUGUGUAACAUUGUGCAUGAUUGUAAGGAUUCCUUGUUUCUCACAAUGACAUCAGCAUUUGAAAUUGCUGUCAGAGUUGGCACCCUGAUUUGAGUGGAUGCAUUCAGGGUCCUAUUCAUUAGGCACCAAAUGGAAGAAAAAAAAUAGACAAACAGGAAAGGAUUACCUGAACUUGUCCCAUAAGAAACGCUAGUUUUCGUUUUCCAUUACAAAACGUUCUUCCCACAGUGUGAUCUAUUGAAUACAACCAAUUAGGUGUUCUAACGUCCAUACCUCCUCUGACACUACCUAAAGACUUGGUUGAAGAUAACCAAGGUUAAAACAAGAGGAUUCUAAUAUCCCAUAACUCUUUGCAUAAAUGUGGAAGAUUUUUAAACUAAGGGACCAGCGAUGCUAGUUAUUAACGGCUCUGGUCCAGUAAUGCUGCGUUUAGACGAGGGACGCAAAAACCGUUAUACAUAUCGGUAUAGCCGGACAAGAAAGCAAAAAAGAUGGUCACGGCAAAAAUAACAGUACGAGUUUCUAUGGUGAUUUCAGUAAACAAUCCGUGCAAAUCAACACCCAGUAGAAAACAACGUUACCGCAAACGGCUAAAGUUGAACGAUUUGCUCUCAUUGAAAACAAUCACACCAGUUUGCCAUCAACCUUUUACGUUGUACCAUUUAAACGCGGCAUAAAUCUGAUUAUUUCGUUUUCCGAACCUGGGUAUCUUCAACCUAGUCUAAAGACAGGAAGUAGAAAAUAAUAGAAUAGACAUUACAGAUAUAGUUUUAGAAUUCAAACUAAUAAACCAUAGAAUGAACCAUUUUUGUGUGUAAGGGAAUGCAGGCUUAAAUGCUGAAAUCAGUUAUGUUUUCACAUCCGCUUUGGAAUACUGACUAUCGAUCCAAAUGCAGCAGUGGUGGAAAAAGUACACAAAUGUCAUACUUGAGUAAAAGUAAAGAUACUGUAAUGAAACAGCAGGGAGCA